GACCGCAAAGCGCAACGUUGACAUCAAUAUGUGAACAUUUUGCGAUAGAGAAACGAUGUUUUGGACAUAUUAUCAUCAAGCUAAAUCUUUCGACAAGAAGUCGGAAUUUUCAGAACCCCCGGAAAUGCCUGCGCCUUCUCUAGCGGAGCUUGCAGAUAAUGUUACUCAAUCUUGGUCCGAAGGGGCCAUCAACUGGGCAGCUGUACAUUGGGAGAUCGGGACAAUCGGACUUGGGAGGUGGGGCCAGCCGUGCCUUGAAUGCUAUAAAACAGUGAAGAACACCCGUGAGUACCAGAGGUGGAUCACGAAGAGGAAUGAGACAAUGAGCAAUCACGAACGUCUGACCUGCAACAAUGCCUCAGGCGUGUCCUCAACGUCAACAGAAUCCACCCGUCUCCCACCCAACUGUAACACAGACGGUGCUCCAACUCUGUCCAGAUCACAGCACCACGACGGCGGCAGCGGAGGAGGCAGUGGUUUGGGUCGUCACUGCAGAAACAGAGGUGUCAUGCUCAGCGAAGGAUCACCUUCAUCGAGGGUUAGAGCUCGUGGACCAGAGUCUGAAAACCAUCAGUCAGUCCUCAGCACCUCUGGCCUGGAGGAACUGGAUGAGGAAUCAGCGACAGGGGCAUCAUCUGCUGGAGGAUCAGCACCGCGUCGUCGUUCACUCGGGGCAAAAACUAGGAUUGUUAAUUUAUCAGACCUGUAUCCCGGAUUUUCAAUCCCAGAAAGCACUCUUCUGCAGUCGUCGACUCAUAUCGGAGCUGGCGACACAAAUGCAGAUGGUGGUGAUGUUUACAGAUGUGAUGUGGUACAUGAUGUGGUGAUGUCUAUACUCCGCAGUGUGUGUGACGACACGGAGCAGUGCAAGGUGGGUAAAGAUGCGACAGCAGACCCUAGUUGUUUGGCGGAUAUCUCCGAGGCUGAAAGGGAGGCUUCUCACACCGUGACAGUGUCUUCAUCAAUUGUUGGAAGUGCCUCCUCUGAAACAGUGUCUGACUCUACAGCUGAGAGUGAAUCCUCUUACACACCACCACACGAAUCUAUAGCUGAUCUUGAAUCCUCUGACACAUUACCACCUGAAUCUACAACUGAAAGUGAAUCUUCUGACACAAUACCACCCGAGUCUUCAGCUGAAAGUGAAUCCUCUGACACAAUACCACCCGAGCCUCCAGCUGAAAGUGAAUCCUCUGACACAAUACCACCCGAGCCUCCAGCUGAAAGUGAAUCCUCUGACACAAUACCACCCGCAUCUACAGCUGAAAAGGAAUUGUCAGUGCUUGUCUCUACAGCUGAAAUUGAAUUAUCUGACACAGUGUCUGAAUCUCCAGCAGAUGCUGAAUCCUCUGUAACAAUUACACCCGAAUUUACAGUUGAAAGUGUUUCUGAGAGAGAGGCUUCUGAUAAAGGGCCUAUCUCUCCUACUGAAAGUGAGCCCUCUGAUGUAAAGACGAUCUCUGAAACUGUGAUGAUCACUAAAGCUGCAAGUCAGUCCCCUGACAAAAUGUCUGUCGCGAUAGUUGACGAUGCACUAGAAUCCGAGCAGGCAUCAUCUUAUCCUCCCUUGUUAUAUCGUGAAUACAUUGACGUGCUUGACGCUGUAUCUGACGAACAUGACGACGACGAGUCCAGGGUCGAGCCUGAUAAUGCCCAAGCCCACACAAAUUCCCCUGUGGACUUUCCAGACGAAUCAUCCAGGGACGGCCAUCGCGCCUACCAUCACACAGAACACGUUGUUUCAAUUGAGACAGUCAUACUCGAGCUGGAAAAAAGUCGAGCAGCUGCUGAAGCGUUCCAUAACACUUCCCCACAUACGUCCUCAACCCACAGUGGAACUGUCUCUGUGAUGUUCGGGAGAGAUGUCGACCCCACUGGUUCAACCAGCCAGGAAGAUUCUGACGAGUUUGAAAGAAACUCAGAAUGGCCAGAAGCCACGCUAUCCGUCUCUGACAAAACCUACAGCGAGGACGAUGUGGUGUCUUGUCCUCAACGAUCACCCAGUCCGCUAGAAGCUUCUGUGGGUAUCCUUCAGCUAUCCUACUCCUCGCCUUGCGUGCUGCUGACAAGUCCGUACAGAGCAGGUCCUCCUGAUGGUGGGGAAACUCGCCCCGUGGACCAGGGGCUGGUACAGGGUAAUAAUUCAAGUGCAUCUUCAUCCUCAUCAGAGACUCCGAUUGACAAACCAAGUGGGGAUGCUUGUGAACUGUAUGCUUCCGAUGGGUCUUUCGUGUACGAUAGCAAUGACGAUGACGAGUAUGAUGAAUCUGAUGCGGAUGAUGAUUAUGACGUCGUAGCUGGUGAUAAUUCGGAUAAUGGUGUGGACGCUGACGACGAUGCCGAUGUCGAAGUUAAUGCUGUCAUUGAUGACGAAGGGGAUUCUGACAAGGUUGGCCGCACUGGUUCUCUUUCUGACCUGGAAUCUGCUGUUGGUAUUGUUGAUACCUACGCGUGUGUUGAUGACUAUAAUAAAGUUGAUGAUGACGUUGAUGCUGACAUUGAUUCUGACGUGAUUGCUGCUGCAAUUGUGGAUUUCAAUUCUGAAGCUGAUUGUGAUGCAUAUGCUGCCGUUUCUGCUGAUACUGAUCCUAACGUUGAUCCUUACGUUGAGUCUGACGUCAGUGGUGAUGCUGUUUCCGACGUCGAUGUUGUAACUUAUUCUGUCGAUGCUGGAGUUGGCGCUGAUGGUCGUGUCGAUGUGAAUGCUGACGUUGAUGCUAACAUUGAUACAUACGUUGAUUCCGACGUUGAAGCUAGUGUCUGCGUUGACCUAGACCUCGAACUUUGUGCUGACGUUAGAGCUGGUCCUGCCUCUGACGUCGAAGAUGAUAACGAUGUUGAAGCUGGUGCUGCUUCUGACGUCGAUGCUGAUGUUGGCGUUGAUUCUGCAGCUGACGUCGAUGAUCUGGUUGUUGCUGGUGUUGAUACUGAUGCUGUGUCUGACGUCAACGUUCCUACCAGCAGUGAUGAUGGUGUGACCAAUACUGGCGGUAUGGAUGAGAGAGACAACAGACAACAGCAACAGCAACAGUCUGUUAUCAUCACCAACAUAGAAGGCCCCGCUGUAGUGAGCGGCGUCUCCGCUGGAUGUAUUUCAUCCACCACAACCAGCUCCAGCGCAAGCGGAAACGCACAUUUCCUCCUUGACAAGAGUUGCACGGAUUCGGAUCUUGACAUCAGUGUUAUUUACCUUGACAGAGAGUUAGAAGAUCAAUACGAUCGCGUCUAUGUAGACACCAUCGCAGAUAAUCCUCCGUCGGAAAGUAGUAGCACCCAUACCCUACGAUUCUCGUCUCUAAUCUCAGACAGCGACUUUGAGGUUCCUUGUCAGGGCCAUCCGGCAACGUUCUCCACCAGUAUCCCAUCCCGAAAAUCGCCUGGUUUGAAAGAAGGCUGCUAUGUUUCGUAAUUAUAAAUUUGUUAAAAUUGAUAGAUUUUAUGUCUGUGGAUAUAUCUACAUUUAAUAGAUGCCAAUCUUACACGGAUUUAGAGAGAAUAAACAUAAAACAGAAUUCCC